ACGCACAAAAUAGAGGGAAGAGCUAGAGAGGGAUCAGAUGAGGCGGUUGAAAAUGGAAAGCAAGAGGACUGAGAGGCUGGGGGUUCAUGUUGGACAGACAUGGCGUGGCACAGUGACAGACUGAAGGGAUCGCAGUUCGUCUAACGGACUCGUUCGGAUCAGGUCAAGACCAAAGAGUCGAUUCAACGGCUUGGCGGGAUUUUUCUACGAGUGUUUUUUUCUAUUUUCUCGUUGCUUUUGUUGUUUCUAAUCAGAUUGACAGCACACGACGUUGAAGCUGUGGUAUCUGCAGAGAAACAAGUGUGUGACCAAUAACUGUCUUACGGCAUUAAAAGGUGACUCAGUAUGAGUCGAGAUGGAUGGGCAAGAAAGAGAGCAAAUGCCAGUGAUGACAAUGGUUGGGCUGAAAGGGGCGGCUACAUGGCUGCCAAGGUGUCCAAGCUGGACGAGCAGUUUAAACACGAUGUGAGAGAAAAACAAAAGCAAGGCAAAUGCACCGCCAUCUUCAGUGGAGUGGCCAUUUAUGUCAAUGGAUACACAGAACCAAAUGCAGAUGAGCUCCGCAGAUUGAUGUCGCUACACGGCGGCCAGUUCCAUGUCUAUUACUCCCGCUCCAAGACAACCCACAUCAUCGCCAACAAUUUGCCAAACAGCAAAAUACAGGAGCUCAAAGGGGAAAAGAUCAUGAGACCAGAGUGGAUCACAGACAGUAUCAAGGCUGGGCGCCUACUUCCUCACCUACAGUACCAGCUGUAUACCAAACAUAAAGGUCCACUCUUCCCUGGCCAGACUUUACGCCAAGCCUCAGAAAUCCCAGGAACGAGCCAUAGACCUCACUCUGUUACCAGUCAUGAGAAAUUCUCAUUCACCAACCAGACUACCAUCAACCCUGUCCCAAGACGAGGUCAUUACCAAUGCAACGUCCAACCUCAGUCCUCCCAUCACAGCUCUGCAGCUGUCUUCAUUAAACCUCCACCCAGGUGCCAAGCAUCCGGUCACAAAGGCCCUUCAAACACCCACCUCUUGUCCUCCGACCCCAACUCCACAAAGACCCCACAGUCUAAACAUCAUCAUAAUCUGCAGCACCAGGGAGCCAACCAAUCAGAGCCUCAGGCCGACUCCUGUCACAGCAGUGACUCAAGUGGUGGCAGGGAAGUGGCAGUAAAAUUAAAUGGAACACUGCAGACCUCGGCUGGUGCGAAGACACGCCAUGCAAGAAUUAAUGAAGCUCGAGAGUGUGGCAAAGGUCUUCACCCACAGGUGCUGAAAGACACCCCGCUGACCAAUGGACAUUCUUUUCUUGUUAACGGUGCCUUAAAGCCAGAGGACUUGUCGGCUGUUACAGACGAAGCCUCUGACAACGAUCUUUUUGAAUGCAGCAUCAAGAGCCCAGAGGUUAAACCUCCGGUGCAUCUGACCAAACCAGAUCCUUAUGAAUUUCCUCACAGUCCUCCAAAGCAAUCUAAACAUUCCCCCGUCUGUGUGGAGCCGACCAGCUGUAAAGACAAAGAGCAGCCGCUGAAACCUCCACCUUCACACCAGGACGCUGAAAAAUCGUCAAGCACUGAUUUAAUUACCAAACAAUUAGAGUUAGCCCCCAGGCAUGACUCCCAUCGUGACAAGACUUCCCUUGCUCCUCGCCGUCUUUCAUAUUCUCCGUAUCGACCAAACGGAAGUCACCACAAAGAUUCUGCCCUGCUCCACUCAAGCAGCCUAACAUCAAAAUUGCAUUCUCCUGUGAAUCGGCCUUCUACAUCAUCGCCCUUAUCAAAGUCUCCAUCUCAGCUGCUGGUGCAGACGGGUGAUUUGAUCUCCGAGUAUUACUCUCGCUCACGUUUACACCAGAUCUCCACGUGGAGAAAUGGCUUCUCAGAGUAUGUCAAUGAACUGCACUGUAAGCGAAAGGCAGCAGGUGGCGCUUCAUUUCCAGGGAAGGAGCGCUUAAGGAAAUCUUUGGCAUCCUACUCUUCAGAUUGUAAAGGUACGUCAUCAUCGUCAUCAUCCAAAAGGAUGUCUUGUAUAUUUCAUGUGGACAUGGACUGUUUCUUUGUCUCUGUGGGGAUCAGACAUCGACCUGAGCUCAAAGGAAAGCCUGUAGCUGUGACUAGUAACCGUGGUCAUGGCCGAGUGCCUCCCAGACCUGGUGCCAACCUGCAGGUGGAGCAGCAGUACUACCAGAGGAAGCACAACUCUCCUCAACCAGUAAGGAAUGAUGAGGAUGUAUAUAGAACUCCUUCACAAAAAAGUCCCGAUUCUCCCACCAACGGCCUGAACCAGGAUGCUGCCAUGCUAUCAAUGGCAGAGAUCGCGUCCUGCAGUUAUGAGGCGAGACAGGCAGGUGUAAAGAACGGCAUGUUUUUUGGCAAAGCUAAACAGGUGUGUCCCUCGCUACAGUCCGUCCCAUAUGACUUUGAGGCCUACAAAGAGGUGGCUCUGACCAUGUAUGAGAUUCUAGCGAGUUACACACAUGACAUAGAAGCUCUGAGCUGUGAUGAAGUUCUGAUCGACGCCUCUGCUCUGCUGGCUGAGUUGGGCAUCGAUGCAGAAGAUCUGGCCAAAGCCAUAAGGGCAGACAUCAAGGAGAAAACAGGGUGCUGUGCCUCAGUGGGCAUGGGCUCCAACAUUCUGUUGGCUCGACUGGCCACCAGAAAGGCCAAGCCAGAUGGACAGUACUUCCUCAGGUCUGAAGAAGUAGAUGAUUUCAUCAGGGACUUACCAGUGACCAGCUUACCAGGUGUGGGCCCAGUUAUGGGCAGAAAAUUGGCAGCUAUGUCUGUGAAGUCGUGCGGAGACCUCCAACAGGUCUCUAUGAACCAGCUGCAGAAAAAGUUUGGACCCCGGACAGGGCAGACGCUGUUCCGGUUCUGCAGAGGACUGGAUGAUCGGCUGGUGCGCUACGAAAAGGAGAGAAAGUCUGUCUCGGCUGACGUGAACUACAACAUUCGCUUCAAGACGAAUGAUGAGGCAGAGUGUUUCCUGACCAACUUGGCCAUGGAGGUUCACAGACGGUUACAGGAGGCAGGACUGCAGGGUCGCAGAGUGACCCUUAGGGUCAUGGUUCGUAAACCUGGAGCUCCAGUAGAGUCAGCUAAAUAUGGUGGACAUGGCAUAUGUGAUAACUGGGCCAGGACUGUGAUGCUCGCUCAGUCCACAGACAGCGGUCAGCUGAUCGCCUCUGCGGUCAUCAAGCUGUUCCACGCUAUGAAACUGCCCGUUCAGGACCUGAGAGGAGUUGGAAUCCAAGUCCAGCUUCUUGAGGGAAACCAGCCUGUCCGCCAUGAAGCCACGGGCAGAGGUGCACGUUCCAUCAAAGACAUGUUAUUAGGCCAGAGACCAGGUGUCCAAACCCACAACAGAGACAUCAGCACAAACCACGACAAAACGAUAACAACCACACUACCAUCGUCCUCCACACCUGUACAUCCACGCUCACCUGAGCCGGUGCCAGGAACAAGCAAAGCACAGGAAACACCGAAACUACCCAGGAAAAAUCUCAACCUCAGUAUAGAAGUCCCUUCUCCUUCCCAGGUGGAUCGUUCUGUGUUGGAGGCUCUGCCCCCAGAGCUGAGAGAGCAGGUGGAACAAUCGUGGAUGCACCGAGAAGGGAGACCAAAUGGCCUUCAUUCAUCCAGUCCACAGAGCAACGAUCUUCCUCCUCCUCCUCCUCCAUGUGUCUCUCACAAUCCUGGUCCCUCCUCAUCUUGUUAUCCCACUCCAUCUGGACCUUCUCUGGACCGUCCACCUGCAGGAACAUUGGUUUUACAGAUCCCAAACCAGCCGGACGGUCUAGGCAUUGUACUGGAACUACCACACCUCUCCCAGGUUGGACUCCUUUCACGUGUGUCUGUGUAUAUAUGUUUACCUAAAGAGCUACAGGAUGAGCUACAGUAUGCAUACAACCGCACAACUCCCCAGCCGCAGUUAAGGACGUUGGAGCAGAAGAACCCUCUGCUGCAGCUCAAACAGGCAGGACCCGGAAUUGGUCGAGUAAAGCGUCGCUACAAAAGAAAAAAUGCAGCGAGCCCCGUGAAGAGGCGCUCAGCGACGAAUAGCCCCGCCAAACCUGCAUCACCUCUGAAAACGUCACGGGAAACAUCGAACACAGUCAAGACUGAAAACAGACCUUCUACAUCGUCCUCCAAACCAGACGUUCCAGAACCACAGCCUAAAUUCAUUCCUCGUCCAGCUCCAUCGUUAGCCGGAGCCUGUGAGCUGACAGAUAUUAAAAUCCUCCUGAGAGAAUGGAUCACAACUAUAACAGAACCUAUGGAGGAGGACAUCCUGCAGGUGGUCAAAUAUUGCACUGAUCUGAUUGAGGACAAAGAUCUAGAGAAGCUGGAUUUGGUGAUCAAAUACAUGAAAAGGCUGAUGCAGCAGUCGGUAGAGUCCGUCUGGAGCAUGGCCUUCGACUUCAUCGUGGACAACGUCCAGGUGGUCGUGCAGCAGACCUACGGCAGCACACUGAAGAUUACGUGAUGAAUGAGGGAUACUGCAGAUAAAAAGAAGCUACAGGUCAAACACCCUGACUAGUUAUUAUUAUUAUAGUAGCUUUUUUUUUUAAUGCAGCAUUUUCUUUUGUGUUUUUUUUGCCAGGAAAUGUCAAAAACCAAUUCCUUUCAUAUAGAAAGGUUUAAGGUAACAUCAAAGACAGUAUGUUACUGUUAUUUGAACAUUAAAUCUGAACCAGAACAGGUAUCAUUUUUAAAUUUAAUAUUUACUUUUUCCAUCUUUCACUUUGCUGGUUCACUUAUAUGCUUGGGGCAUUAAGGACAAUUGAAAAGAUUCUCUUCACAUUUUGUACUCUGUAGCACCUGCUCUUCAAAUCUGUCAAGGAAAACAGUCGUGGUACUUUUAUUUAGUUUCUGUUCUCUGAAAGAGAAAAGCACACAGUUUCUGACGCUGUCACGAGACCCUUGUUCAAAUCAUGCUGGAAUUCCACUAGUCUAAUUCAAAUGUGUCCUCCAAGUGGACUAAAGUUUGGUAUAAUUUUACUUUCUCAUUUUCUGAAGUGCCACAAUUUGUCAACACAAAAUGUGAAUAUUGUUUAAAAAGACUUUUUUUUUCUUAAAGUAUAUAUAUGUAGAGGACUCGGCGCUCCUCUUGAAUUGUUUACAUGUAGUGAAUUCUUAGUAACUUUCUUAAAAAUUGUAAAAUCUUCUCUCUAACUGUGUGUACUUAACUCUUCCUACGUGGAAAUCAGAAGCUGGCCAAAGCACUUCACUUGAGAUUAAUGGUUGAUUCUCAACAGAGCUCUGACUCCAGAGCACAUCAACUGGUUUGUGGCAAUCAAUAAGUAGCCUAUGCAUCUUUUUUCAAACAAUAAGAUGUGCCCAGAAGAUAAUGCUAAAUUCAAUAUAACCUUUGUACUUGGCGUAUAUAUUCAAGCCUGUUAGGCUAGUUUUCAUAAAUCUGAAUGUAGAAAUACUCCAGUGUUUGCAAAGGAAAUGGAGUUGAGAUUUUUAACAAUGUAAUCCAUCCUGUGCAAUCCUCAUGCUGCGGGCCAUUGUGACUUCUUUGUGACUGCUACAUCUUUGAAUUGACUGCCAUUGUUGAUAACGGUUUAGUAGAAGUAUUAAGCCUGAUUACACGCUGGCUCAUUGUAUUAUGACACAAGACAUGACGUGUGUGUUUGCAAUGUUUAUUCAAAACAGUAUUUCGAUAUGCAAACCGAAUCAGGUUGCCAUUUUUUUUAGUUGUUGAAAUGACUAAUUCAUCAUGUGCAGAAAGUCUUUACCCACUUUUUAGAUGUUGCUUUCCUUCACCACAUCACUUCAGAAGGGAAUGGCCAGGAGCUGAACUCCGCCAGUAAUGUCUUCUCUAAAAUGGCCUGUGCCUGACGACCUUAAGCUGUGAACUUGUUUGUAUGUUUUCUAAAUCUUGGUAAUAAACUGUAAACUGUUAAAACUCAGUUAUCUUGGUCAUUA